AUGUUGGGUGGAAUUGCUUUGACGGGUGCUGUUUUGGCAGCUACUGUCUCUGGCAGAGCUGUUGUUGUGAGACAGUCCGAUGCUAACACUGAUGGAUCUUCAUGUCCUGGAUAUUCGGCGAGCAAUGUGCAAACGACAGGUACUGGGUUGACGGCGGAUUUGUCUCUUGCUGGACCGGCUUGCAAUAGCUAUGGAGAGGAUAUUCAGAAUUUGAAGCUCACUGUCAAUUAUGAUACUGCAAAGCGACUUCAUGUAAAGAUUCAAGAUGAGCCUGCGAUUGCAUACACAGUUCCAGAAUCCGUCUUUCCAUACCCAAGCAACAAUGCCUCUGUCUCUGCAGACGAUGCUGAGCUGGCGUUCGCGUAUGAGGAAUCACCCUUCAGCUUCCGCGUGAUCCGAAAGUCGACAAACGAUGUCCUCUUCGACUCGUCAGCCGAAUCACUCAUCUUCCAAGAUGAAUACCUCCGCUUGCGCACAGCAUUGCCUGAGAACCCAAACCUUUACGGUCUCGGCGAGCACUCCGAUAAUUUCCGUCUAAACACCACGAACAACACUCGCACACUGUGGUCUCGAGACAGCUACGGCAUUCCCGAAGGCACAAACCUCUACGGAAACCACCCAGUGUACUUCGACCACCGCGGAGCAAAUGGCACACAUGGUGUCUAUCUCCACUCCAGCUCGGGUAUGGAUGUCAAAAUUGACAAGUCCAACUCGACUGGACAGCAGUAUCUGGAGUAUAACUUGAUAUCUGGUAUUCUGGAUCUGUUCUUCGUUGCUGGACCUACACCCACAGAAGUCAGCAAGCAGUAUGCCGAGAUAGCAGGUCUGCCGGCAGAAAUGCCAUACUGGGGUUUUGGUCUACAUCAGUGCCGAUACGGAUAUCGUGACUUUUACGGAGUGGCGGAGGUGGUGGCGAACUAUUCCAAGGCGAAUAUUCCGUUGGAGACGAUGUGGACUGAUAUUGACUACAUGUAUGCCAGAUACAUCAUGACAACGGAUCCGGACCGCUUCCCAAUCCCGCGUGUUCGGGACAUUGUCGACUAUCUGCAUGAGAAUGAUCAACACUACAUUGUCAUGGUCGACCCUGCUGUCGCAUACCAAGAGCAGAAGUAUGAUAACUUGACUUACACCACAUUCACCACUGCUGCUGAGAAUGGCUACUUCGUUUACAAGAACGGCAGCAUUUACAAAGGUGUCGUCUGGCCUGGUGUUACGGCGUUCCCAGAUUGGUUCCACCCAGAAGUGCAACAAUGGUGGAAUGAAGAGUUCCUAGCGUUCUUCGAUAGAGACACUGGAGUCGACAUCGAUGGUCUGUGGAUCGACAUGAACGAGGCAGCCAACUUCAACUACUACGGCGACAAUCCAGAGGAGACUCAAGAAGAGCGUGGUUUCCCUCCUACUCGUCCAGCUCUCCGCUCGCAGCCACGACCAAUUCCUGGCUUCCCAGCUGAGUUCCAGCCUGGUGCGCAAGAUUAUCCCCCUGAUGAUUUGGCGUAUGCUCCACCGUGGCUCGCACCAGACUCGAACCCCAACGAUGCAAAGAAGCGAUCUGUUUCGGCAAACGCGCAAGUCGCUCAGCCUGUGAAGCGUCAAGCUUCCACUUCCCCAUCUGGCGCAGAGUUGAUUGGUUACCCCAACCGCAACUUCCUCGCACCGCCAUAUCGUAUUGACAACGCCAACACUGUGGAGGACAUCGGUGGCCUUUCGAACUUUACUCUCGACACUGACAUCGUGCACUACGACGGCCACGUCGAGCUCGAUGUCCACAACCUCUACGGAACCCAGAUGAGCGAAGCUUCUCGCACAGCUAUGCUCGCCCGUCGUCCAGAACGUCGUCCUCUCGUCAUUACGCGAUCCACUUUCGCAGGUGCCGGCCGCAGCGUAGGAAAAUGGCUCGGAGACAACCUGAGUAACUGGGACCAGUACCGCAACUCGAUCCAAGGCAUGCUCAAUUUUGCAUCCUUGUUCCAAGUCCCCAUGGUCGGAUCAGACAUUUGCGGUUUUGGCGCCAACACGACUGAGACGCUUUGUGCACGAUGGGUCACCCUUGGUGCUUUCUACACCUUCAUGCGAAACCACAAUGGCGAUACGUCGAUUCCUCAGGAAUUCUAUCUGUGGGAUACUGUUGCCGAGGCUGCCAGGCACGCACUGGAUAUCAGAUACCGACUGCUGGACUACAUCUACACUGGUUUCCACAAGCAGUCCAAGGACGGUACUCCAGUCCUCAACCCGCUCUGGUUCUUGUAUCCUGAGGACGAAAAUACCUUCGGCAACCAGUUGCAGUUCUUCUACGGGGACUCUUUGCUCGUCUCGCCAGUGACAGAGGAGAAUGCCACAAGCGUGAGCAUUUAUCUUCCAGAUGACCGAUUCUAUACCUGGGGAUCCUGGGAAGUUGUCGAAGGUGCAGGUGCAGUGGUGAACUUGAAUGACGUCGGAUUCACCGAGAUCCCGCUCCACGUCAAGGGUGGUAGCAUUUUGCCUGUGAGGCAAAAGGCUGGUUACACCACGACUGAGACCAGAAAGUCGCCAUUCGAGAUCCUCGUCGCUCCAGGUCGUGAUGGAAAGGCGAGUGGGUCGCUGUAUCUGGAUGAUGGUGACAGUCUUGUGCAGGCUGCUACUUCGGAGAUCACCUUCGAGUAUGAGAAUGGGGAGCUGAAGAUUGGUGGUACUUUUGGUUAUACUACUGAUGCUCUAGUCACUACUGUGACUGUGCUUGGUGGUGGCUCUGGUGGAGGAAAGGCUCCUUCGUACUACAAGGGAAGCACGAAGACGAAGACCUGCAAAGAUGAUGAGUGGCAGUAUGAUGCUGGAAAGGGUGUCAAGACUGCCCAGGUUAAUGAGGCUCUUGAUGGCGAGAUGGUCGUCCGGGUUUAGG